AUGGCAUACUCCUACCCAGGCCCCAAGACCUCGCUUGAUGUCGUCAACUACUCCGCCCUCCAAGCGAACGAUGCAAAGGAAAUCUGUAAACUGGUGGAAAUCAGCCAAACGUCCGGCAUCUUCUUCCUCGACCUUGAGACCGGGUCCGCAAGCGGAGGCGCCUACGAUGACAUGCCUUCCCUCAUUGAAGCUCAGCGCAAAUUCUUCAGCCGAGAUGCAGAACAGAAAUUGGAGUAUGCGGAUGAUGAUCCAUCCAGAGGCUUCGACAUGUUCGAAGCCCUCUCAGUCCAACGUCUAAAACUGUCCCGCAAACAACACCUCUCCAACACUCUCCGCCUGCCUCCAGACCUCCAGAUCGUCUCAGAUCGCAUCUCUUCCCUCUUCACCUUCAACGAUACCGUCUUGAGACAAAUCGCUCAGAAACUCAGCACAAAAGCCUCCCCUCCUCUCGAAGCUUACAAGUACUCCGACUCCACCAACCCAGGCGCUUCGAACAUGUGUCUUGGAAUCGCAUCCGCUCGCGCAGGAAUGGAAAUACUUGGAGACCACUUGGACGAGGAUAUUCUGACGAUUACGUAUUAUGACGAGCCAUUUCUCGAGGUUCAGGAUCGAAAGACGAAAGCAUGGGGCUUGGUGGAGGUAAAUGAACAUAUGCCAAUUGUGAAUGUUGGUGAUGAGUUGCAAAAGGCGAGUAAGGGGAAGUUUUAUGCGCCACCGCAUCGGGUUGUGCAGAGUCCAAAGGAGAUUAAUCUGGUCAUGUACGAUUUGAAUGAAGGAAUGAGCGAUUUUUAA